CCAUAGACUUAGCAGCAGUACGGUUCUUGCCUCGCUGGUCGCUCGUAACAGUAAACUCGCUGGUAAAAGUACUUCGUCGUCGCGCUAGUUUGUGGUACCCUAAUAGGGUACUUCCGCGUUUUGUCAAGUUGCAGGGUGUUUGGAAAUUUGUGAUUUUAAACCAAUAAUGAAAACUUUAUAGGUCCUAUUAAUUUUGAAUUUUGGAAAAUUUGACUACCAUGGUACUUUUACUUCAAAUAAGUUUGAUUUUGAUUGGUGUUUCUUUCGUUACCUCCAUAACCACCAUACACCAUGACAAACCUGAAUCAGUUACCAUCACAACGAUCACAAGUACCACUCCAGAGAAAACCUUUGAUAGUUCCACGGCAGCACUGGACACGGAAGAGGUCGCCAUUGCCUACAACGUGACCUUGGCGCCAUCUGAACGACAGAAAAGGCUGCUUCCUUACGAGAAUUUUUAUUUUAAUCAACCUUUUAACAGACCUCACCUUGCAGGAGUAUCAGCUCAACAAUACCGGGACUUCCCAUACGAGAAAAGACGCCCUCUGAAGUCUGAGUCUCAAAACUACCGUCCUAAAGACGUACUGUAUCAACAAAGACCUAAGUUUACACCUUUCCUGGAGAGCAAUGCAUUACCUGGACCAUUUAGACCAAUGGUCAAACCACAAAAUCAACCACAGACUAUUAACGACGAAGAAGAGGAGAAGUAUCAUUCUGAAGAAGAACAAAGUUCCCAUCCAGAUUUCAGUGCCAUCUACGAUAAACUUGCUCAAUUGAAACUAAGACAACAUUCUUUCCAAAAACAGACGUCAUACGGAUACAGAAUAGUACCCUAUCAAAGACCACACAAGGAGGAAGAGAUUAGACCUGUAGAGUACCCUAACAGACUUAAGUACAAAGUACAACCAACCAAAACGACUUACGAGACCUUUACUGCCACAAACAUCGAUAUACCUUCGCCUGAUGAAGAGCAGAAGUACCAUUAUGAACCUCAAACGUACCAGACAUCUUCUGGCAAAGAGGAGGAGGCUAAACCUUACGUACACCAACAAAUAACUUUAGAAAUACCAAGGGGUAGUAUUCCUUUAGUGUUCAAUCCACCAUUAGUUAAAAAACCGGUAAGCUCCACUAGAGUUAGACCUGUAAAGCCGUACAUAGUACUACAUCAAGAUAAACCCUAUUCAAGACAACCUGUAUUUGUCUUGAGGAAGCCUAAACCCAUACCAGUUAUAGAAGAAAAUUACACUGCUCAAAAACUUAUACCGAUUUCGCCUGAAAAACAUCACCACGGCUUCCUGCGCAGGCCGAUAUACGUACCUCAAGAUCCACCGCGUCCUACGCAGUACGACCACGCAUACGAAACUCAGUACCAAGCCACACAGGCCCCCAUAGAACCAUCCGUAAACGACUACGGUUCUUAUAUCGCACCUCCUAGCUAUAACCAGGAGGAAUACGGUUCCAGAGUCACUCCAAGACCUCAAAAAAUCGAGUUCGUUCCCAUUGUAACGUCUCCUAGACCAGAAUACCAAGGUCCAAGCGAGUACUACGCUUAUGGCACGGUUGAAUCGACUUCAGAAAGAGUUGCCACGCCUAAAGUAGUAACCGCCAGGCCGGAAAUUGAAGUAUUUCAAGAAGGAAGUUCGGAGGAAUCGCAAAGUUUGGCGAAUAUUUUGAGGAAGUUGCAGGAAACGAACGCUUUGCCGCACACUAUAACGCCUGAUAACAUCGAUAACAGUAUCAAAACGUUGGUGAAGAUUCUAAAUACAUUAAAACUGCAACAGAAGCAGCAGAAGCCAAUAAUAGUCCAAGAUUAUUCCAUGGAUGUAGAUAACGAAGCGGGUGUUGAUCUGUUCGAUACUCCAGCUGGAGGCACACCAGGAAAGGCUGGAAUAGAUUAUCCAGCAUUGUCCAACAUACCCAAGACCAGUUUCAGUUGCAAAACGCAAAGAUACAAAGGAUUUUUCGCCGAUACUGAUACAAAUUGUCAGGUAUGGCAUUAUUGUGAUCUCAAUGGUGGGCAAGCUUCGUUCCUGUGUCCCAACGGUACUAUCUUCAGUCAAGUGGCACUCACUUGUGAUUGGUGGUACAACGUAAAAUGCUCCUCAACCACACAGCUGUACGUUUUAAACGAAAGACUCUACAAAUACAUCAUACCUUUGUCACCCAAAUUCCCAGAAGACUACACUGGACCUCUUGUGGACAAAUAUCUGGCGAUGAAAUUCCAAGAAAUGGAAGAGAAGUUGAGAAAACAGAAGAAGGGUAAAGGAAACAGCGAUAAAUCUGAUGAAGAUAGCACAGAAACGUCGGAAUCCAGCGAAGAAGACACUAGCAAAACAGUUGAAGAAAACACUAGCACUGAAUCGACAGAAGAAGAGACUACGUUAGAUAAUGCCACGAAAUAAGUAGAUAAUAAAAUAUUUGUGAGAUCGUUAUUGUUUGUAAAUAUUAUUGUUGACUGUUUUUAUUAUUAAUAUUAUUAUACCACACCAAACGCCAUAUUUUAGUAAAGUAGCUUUCAGAAAACAGUUAAUGAGAAGCUUUAUAAUUAAUUUUGUUUUGUUCUAGUCAUCUUCACUGUCAUGCAUUUUUAAACAUGUAAGAACUGGUAUAUUUCGAAACUAGAAGCAAAUAAUAAUGUUUGUAUACAGGACGUUCAUUUUAAAUUACUAUUUCUACUCCUUGUAUUUUUAAAAGAGAAAUAGACAAUAUUUUUGAUUACAUAUAAUGGUAGUUAGCU